AUGCCUUACAUUAUCCAUCCAUCUCAAACGGGGUUUAUUAAAGAUAGAUCUAUUUCUGAAAACUUUAUUCUUGCAAUGGAACUGCUGGGGGAUUUUAAUCAGAAAGCUUCAAAUAAAUUCUUUUGUGCUAAGUUUGAUAUCCACAAAGCUUUUGACUCGGUAUCCAGAGAAUUUAUCCUGAAUCGUAUGAUUGCGAAAGGUUUUCCUCCAAUUUUUAUUUCUUGGAUUAAAAACUGUAUUACUGAUAUCUAUUUCUCAAUCGCAAUUAAUGUGGCAUUGGAAGGUUAUUUUAGCUCUUCUUCAGGCCUGAGGCAAGGAUGUCCGCUUUCACUCUAUCUCUUCAGCAUUGCCAUGGAUGGUCUCUCUUCUUCAUUUGAGGAUGCUAUCUCUGCUGGUACCUUCCUUGAUGACCUGCUUGUUUUUGGCAAGUCUACCACUGAUAAUGCUCAAUCUCUCAUGAACUUGCUUUCCUCUUUUGCUGAUCUUUCGGGGCUCAAAGUAAAUCCUGAGAAAAGCCUUGCUUUUUUCUCUAAAUAUGCAACUGAUGUUAAUGAGAUUUGUGGGAUUCUUAAUAUCCCGCAAGCUCAUAGCCCAAUCACAUACCUUGGUCUUCCCAUUUUUACCAGAAAACUUUGCAAGGCUGACUUCCAGCCUCUGAUGAAUAAGCUAUAUGGACUUCUGGAUGGUUGGAAGGCUAAAUUACUAUCAUUUGCGGGUAGAAUACAAUACAUGAAAUUUACUAUUUGCAAUACCCUUGCAUAUUGGAUUAGAGGAGCGAUUAUACCUAAAUCUUGCUGUAAGGCUAUCAAUAAAUUAUGCUCAAGGUUCCUUUUCUUUGGGGACAUCACCAAGAGGAAGCUUCACUUAGUUUCUUGGAGAGACACCUGCUCUCCAAAAGAUUAUGGCGGUCUGGGUAUUUUAUUUGAUUGGUGGAGGAACAAAUAUUUAUCCCUCUGGAAACCUUUGCCCCAACGGACAUCUGUACACUGGAAAUUCAUUUGUGGAGUUGCUAAUUCUGUGAAAACUAUGCUUAAGCUCUCUGUCACUGAUAAUUCUAAGCUUUCCUUCUUUUGGGACCCUUGGUGCAGUGGUAGAUCAAUUUAUGACCUCUCUCUGGAGUAUAACGAUCUGCCUCUAAACUCUCCUACCUCCUCUUUUGAAACUAACAAGUUUUUGCUUAACGGUCACUGGAACAUUCCCAGGGAUCUUAAUCCGGCUAUUAUCUCGGCUAUUACUUCUAUUCCCAUUACGGAUAAAUCGGUUUGCUGCUGGAACCAGCUGGAUAAACCUACCUUUAAGGUUUUCUUGAGGAAUUUUUAUGUGGGCUAUUCUGAAACUAGCUGGCAUCAUUACAUUUGGCAUAAAAUUUAUGCCCUUCGUUUCUCUGCACAUUCCUGGUUGGCUUUUUGUAAUGGGCUCAAGACCGCUGAUGCGUUGUUGCGACGUGGAUAUGCUGUUUUGAAGGACUAUGAUGAAUGCAACCUUCUUUUCUUCCCCUUGGACGGCCAUUUCGGCAAUCAGGGGAACCAGUCAUCCGUCUGA